AUGAUAUUGUCUCUCUAUCUGACAUCGUACGAAGGGGUUCUAUCUGACAACGUACUCUGCGAUGAAGAGGGUGGUUCAUCUGACUUGGUAAAUGAUGAGGAUAUUACAUCUGACAUCGUUCUCAGUGGGGUAGAUGGUGACAUAUCUGACGUGAUAAAUAAUAAGGUCUCUCUUUCUGACAUCAUACUCAGUGGUGUAGAUGGCGACACAGUUGAAGUGAUGAUUGAUGAGGAUAUUCUAUCUGACAUCGUUCUUAGUGAUCUAGAUGGUGACACAUCUGAGUUAAUAUUUGAUGAGGACAGUCUGUCUGACAUCGUAUUCAGGGAUGAGGGUGAUGACGAAGACAUUCUCUCUGGCACCGUAUUCAGUGAUGAAGAUGGUGGUUCAUCUGACGUGAUAAAUAAUAAGGUCUCUCUUUCUGAAGAUGGUGACACAGCUGAGUUUAUAUUUGAUGAGGACAUUCUGUCUGACAUCUUAUUCAGUGAUGAAGAUGGUGAUUCAUCUAACGUGAUAAAUGAUGAGGACAUUCUAUCUGACAUCGUACUCAGUGGUAACACAGCUGAGUUAAUAUUUGAUGAGAACAUUCUGUCUGACAUCGUAUUCAGUGAUGAAGAUGGUGAUUCAUCUGACGUGAUAAAUGAUGAGGACAUUCUCUCUGACAUCGUACUUAGUGAUGUAGAUGGUGACAUAUCUGACGUGAUAAAUAAUAAGGUCUCUCUUUCUGACAUCGUACUCAGUGGUGUAGAUGGUGACACAGUUGAAGUGAUGAAUGAUGAGGAUAUUCUAUCUGACAUCGUACUCAGUGAUGUAGAUGGUGAUACAACUGACUUGCUAUAUGACGAGGACAUUUUAUCUGACAUCGUACUCAGUGAUAAAGAUGGUAAUACAUCCGACUUGCUAUAUGACGAAGACAUUCUCCCUGACAUCGUACUCAGUGGUGUAGAUGGGGACACGUCUGACUUGAUAAAUGAUGUGGACAUUCUCUCUGACAUCGUACUCAGUGAUGAAGACGGGGACACGUCUGACUUGAUAAAUGAUGAGGACAUUCUCUCUGACAUCGUACUCAGUGAUGAAGAUGGGGACAUGUCUGACUUGCUAUAUGACGAAGACAUUCUCUCUGACAUCGUACUCAGUGAUGAAGAUGGGGACACGUCUGAUUUGCUAUAUGACGAAGACAUUCUCUCUGACAUCGUACUCAGUGAUGAAGAUGGUGUCACAUCUGACGUGAUAAAUGAUGAGGACAUUCUAUCUGACAUCGUACUCAGUGAUGAGGAUGGGGACACGUCUGACUUGCUAUAUGACGAAGACAUUCUCUCUGACAUCGUACUCAGUGGUGUAGAUAGUGACACAUCUGACUUGUUAUAUGACGAGGACAUUUUAUCUGACCUCGUACUCAGUGGUGCAGAUGGGGACACGUCUGACUUGAUAAAUGAUGAGGACAUUCUAUCUGACAUCGUACUCUGCGAUGAAGAUGGUGAUUCAUCUGACUUGGUAAAUGAUGAGGAUAUUAUAUCUGACAUCGUACUCAGUGAUGAAGAUGGCAAAACAUCUGACUUGCUAUAUGACGAAGACAUUCUCUCUGACAUCGUUCUCAGUGGUGUGGAUGGUGUCACAUCUGAGGUGAUAAAUGAUGAGGAAAUUCUAUCUGACAUCGUACUCAGUGGUGUAGAUGGUGACACAGCUGAAAUGAUAAAUGAUGAGGACAUUCUAUCUGACAUCGUACUCAGUGGUGGAGAUGGUGACGCAGCUGAAGUGAUAAAUGAUGAAGAUAUUUUAUCUGACAUGGUUCUGAGUGGUGUAGAAUGUGUCAUAUAUGGGGACAUAAAUGGUGAGAGCAUAUUCUCUGACAUCGUACUCAGUGGUGUAGAUGGUGACACGUCUGACUUGAUAAAUGAUGAGGACAUUCUAUCUGACAUCGUACUCAGUAGCGUAGAUGGUGACACGUCUGACUUGAUAAAUAAUGAGGACAUUCUCUCUGACAUUAUACUCAGUGGUGUGGAUGGUGACAUGUUUGACGUGAUAAAUGAUGUGGACAUUCUCUCCAACAUAGUUAUUAGUGUUGUAGAUGGGGACACGUCUGACUUGAUAAAUGAUGAGGACAUUCUCUCUGACAUUAUACUCAGUGGUGUGGAUGGUGAUAUGUUUGACGUGAUAAAUGAUGUGGACAUUCUCUCCAACAUAGUUAUUAGUGUUGUAGAUGGUGACACGUCUGACUUGAUAAAUGAUGAGGACAUUCUCUCUGACAUUAUACUCAGUGGUGUAGAUGGUGACACAUCUGACGCGAUAAAUGUUGAGGAUAUUCUCUCUGACAUCGUACCCUGCGGUGUAGAUGCUGACACAUCUGACGCGAUAAAUGAUGAGGAUAUUAUCUCUGACAUAAUACUCAAUGGUGUAGAUGGUGACACAUCUGACGCGAUAAAUGUUGAGGAUAUUCUCUCUGACAUCGUACUCAGUGGCGAAGAUGCUGACACAUCUGAUGUGAUAAAUGAUGAGUUCACUCUUUCUGACAUCGAACUCAGUGGUGUAGUUGGUGACAUGUAUGACGUGAUAAAUGAUGAGGUCACUCUUUCUGACAUCGAACUCAGUGGUGUAGAUGGUAUCACGUAUGAAUUGACAAAUGAUGAGGAUAUUUUAUCUGACAUUGUACCCUGCGGUGUAGAUGCUGACACAUCUGACGCGAUAAAUGAUGAGGAUAUUAUCUCUGACAUAAUACUCAAUGAUGUAGAUGGUGACACAUCUGACGCGAUAAAUGUUGAGGAUAUUCUCUCUGACAUCGUACUCAGUGGCGUAGAUGCUGACACAUCUGAUGUGAUAAGUGAUGAGGACAUUCUUUCUGACAUCGUACUCGGCACACUCGGUGAAACGUCUGACCUGAUUAAUGACGAGGACACUGUAUUUGACAUAGUACUCAGUGGUGUAGAUAAUAGCACAUCCGACUUGAUUAAUGAUGAGGCCAUCCUCCCUGACAUCGUACUCAGUGGUAUAGAUGGUGACACGUCUGACUUGAUAAAUGAUGAGGAGAUUCUCUCUGACAUCGUACUCAGUGGUAUAGAUGGUGACACAUCUGACUUGAUUAAUGAUGAGGCCAUCCUCCCUGACAUCGUACUCAGUGGUGUAAAUGCUGACACACCUGACUUGAUUUGUGAUGAGGACAUUCUCUCUGACAUCGAACUCAGUGGUGUUGGUGGUAUACCUGUUGAUGUAGUUAAAGAAACUGGCAUACCCUCCGACUUCUCACUCAGUGAUGGGGAUGGUUUCACGGCUGAUGACAUACUUUCUGGUAUCAUGUCAUAA